ACAGCACCUCAGGAUCUGGAUAAACACCUCUGAUAUGCAAAUGGUCACACCUCUACCCUUGUGACUAAGCUGAGUAUCACCUCUUAUCUCUGUUACACAAACCAGCAGACUGUAUGGGACAAGUUCAAUAAAACAACAGCUGCUGGAUUGAGAAAGGGUCAGUCCGAAUUGUAUUUAAAGAGGGAGUGCCCAGGUAUAGGGGUCGUGCAAUUUACUACAUUUCAGUCAAUCAUUCACGGUUACUCGCAGUUUCUAGAUUAAUCUGGUUGCGUUUUUGGACUAUAUAGAGAGGAAAGGGUCCGUGCCAGACAGGUUAGUGCAUCUCUUUGAUACUACAGAGAACUUGGAGGUGAACGGAACCGUUGUGCGGCUGAAGAGCUCGCUGUGUCAGCCGAGAGAAGGCCCCGUUCGGCUCCGAGCCCAGCCCCGUGGGCCUGCCAGCACCAGGAUGGUUUCCUUCCUCCUCUGCCUUCUCCCUGCUCUCCUAGCUACGAGUGCACAAGCACAAACAGUGACAUGCCAAGAGUGCUAUGGCUCAGCAGACUCCUGCCAGUCUCCAGCAGGGACCUGCACAGUAGACACGGCUGAAGGCGGCUGCGUUACGGCGGCAGAAGAAAAUACCAUGGCUACAGCAGAUGGGGCAAAGUCCACAAGCGUCUUCAAAGGCUGUCUAGGUGGCUUCACUGCUUUCAUAAAAGGCCCCAUUACUGUCACUCUUGGGAAUGGCAAGUAUGUGCGGGUCAACAUCGCACAGUGCAACACAGACGACUGUAACUCGGCUGUAUUGCCAGUGCCCGAGGAGAACACCGCCGGGAACGGGCUACAGUGCCCCACCUGCUUUGAUCUGAACUCUAAUUCAUGCAACAGCCAAAUCACCCCUUGUACAGGGGAUGAGAACUAUUGCGUUGAUUUCGCUGGGUUUCGAGCCAAAGGUGUUCCUGCUUUGGAUAUAUCAGGAUUUUCUGGCAAAGGGUGUGCUACUACAUCUAUAAAAGACCUUACCCCUGGAAUCUCCCUGCCUUUGGAAGACUACGUGUACGUCUUCAGAAAGGUGACCUCCACACCUGCGGAGACAGUAACCAUCGAUCUGGCUCUGGAGCAAUUCCCCUCUGCCGUCUAACUGCCUGGCCUGACUGGGUGCUGCUGGGGAAGCUGCUCUCCUGAGCCCGGCCCUGCACGGGCCCCGCAGCACCCGAUUCCUGCCCAUUGGAGCCCAACUAAUAUAUCGUUCGUUAAUUCUAUUGAUUACUUACAAAUUUGCAGGGAUCACUGGGAGGUCCAACAGGUUCUGGUGCCUAGAUCCGCCCCAGCGUUCUUAAAAUUGCCGUUCAGCUGGGGACCCCGCUGGGGCCGGUCGCAGCCCUCGCACUGGAGGAACCCUCCUGUAUUUCUAAUCAUUGAUCAGCAUCUGUAGCAGAGUCCCACACGCCCGGAGGACAGCGGUAAGACAGAAUGCCCACCCGCCCCGCCCAACAUCCACACCGCCCCUUGCAGAACAACCGGAAAUGUUAGUCAUCGUCUUCCUCAUCACCAUCACCUUCCUCAUCACCAGCUGGUGCCGUGGUCCAGGCACCCCCCAAAUGCUACAUCUCGCCCGCCUCCUGCCCACAGGCUGGGGUACAACUUUUAUAAUGUUACCCCGACGUCACUGGGCCUAAUGCCUAUUCCUUAGGGGGUUCUCCCCUCUUCCUGAUCUGUCUCUCCUCACCCUGCCAAUGUUGGGGUCCCGUCUCCUAUAGGUUAGUAUGUUAGUGAUCUCAGCUUAUUAUCAGACAUGUCAAUUCCUUGCCAUGGCCGGCUUGUGGUCAGACAUCUGCAGAUGUUCCCGUCCUACAGCAUCCCAACGCCGGUGUUAGCUCACGUCCCUGUGGCUGGCUGGUGUCGUUAUGGAGAAACCUCCCCCUUAAAGACUCUAUCCCCAGUCCCCCAGAACUUAGGGGUGAUUGUUGGGCCAUUUAUCUGUGCCAGAGUUCGUAGGCCCCAAGCCUUAUCCUAACAGCUGCACUCAGCGUCUUACAGGAGACAGGCCUGUGGGUUCCUUGGGCUACUGCCGAAUGAAAUGAAUGCUAAUGCUGGCUCGAUGGGCUACAGAAUAAAGGCUGGAUUUCCAGUUGCACUGACCCUUGGCCGCUGCGUAGUCAAGGAUCUGCACGGUGUAUGGGUGUGUGCGUCUGUCCCAGUACCUCGUGGCUGGCUGGAAUCUCUCUGUGGAUUUGCAAAUUCACCGAAUAAAUCAGAAUCCUAAAUA